AUUCCCAAACAACACCUUACUAGAAGCACUAGACCCAUUGGCGCUCUCUGUCUCUCUCCACAACUGUCAUUAAUGGCUGCUUCAAUCUCUACACCCAUCUUCCAUGCAAAACCAUCUAUAUCCAUAUGUAUAUCUUCAUCACAACCAUACCUAUCAAAAUUCACAACACCCAGAAUCAAAACCAGACCCAAAACCACAUUCGCACACCACUCUUUAACCCCAAUCGCAACUCUUUCUGACCCAUUUGUCCUCCAAAUUGCAGAAACCCUAGAAGAUUCUCUCUCUUCUCCCUCUUCCUCGCCACCGCCUCUUCAGAAGCUCAGAGACACUUCCUCUCAGUCCCUCCUCUCAACCCCAUGGCCGUCUCGCAAGGACGAGCCCUUUCGAUUCACUGACACUUCCUUCAUAAAACUCUCUGAAAUUCAACCCAUUUCAUCCCCACCUCCUCAUUUGGAUUCUUUGUCUGUUUCCAUUGAUACCCAUUUGCCCAAUCUUGUCAUUGUUGAUGGGUUUCUUGUAAAUUCUCUAACCCAAUUGCCUAAAUUCCCUAAUGGUGUGUUUGUUGGUACCCUAUCGAGCCUCGAUUCGGAGGCUGUGAUGAAAAGGGUAUCUGAAUUUGUGUUGAAUUUCGAGGGAGACUUGUUUUGGUCACUUAAUGGAUUGGGUACCCCUGAUUUGGUGAUUGUGUAUGUUCCUGAGGGAUGUAGGGUUGAGAGUCCUUUGCAUUUGAGGUAUUGUUCGGUUUCAGGGGCCGAUAAGGGGUCGAAAAAGCUGCCCAUUUCGAAUCCGAGGGUGUUGGUGGUGGUGGAGAAGGGAGGGGAGGUGGGUAUAGUUGAGGAGUUUGUUGGGGGAGAUGGGGAGAAGAGUUAUUGGGCAAAUUCAGUUAUGGAAGUUGUCAUUGGAGAAGGGGCAAAGGUUAACCAUUCUUACAUUCAAAGCCAGUCUAUGAAUGCUGCACAUAUCAAGUGGACUUUGGUUCAGCAGGAAUCAGCAAGCACUUAUGAGCUUGUAGAGGUAAGCACUGGUGGGAAGUUGAGCAGACACAAUCUUCAUGUUCAGCAAGUUGGCCCGGACACUAUGACAGAGUUAUCAACAUUUCACUUGUCUGUCGGUGAUCAAACACAAGAUCUACAUAGUAGAGUAGUGUUGGACCACCCACGAGGGGUUUCUCGGCAACUUCACAAGUGCAUUGUGGCUCAUUCUCUGGGACAGGCUGUAUUUGAUGGGAACAUCAAGGUCAACAGAUAUGCACAGCAGACAGAUGCUGGACAACUAACAAGGAGCUUACUCCUUGAGCCUCGUGCAACUGUGAAUGUCAAGCCCAAUCUCCAGAUCAUCGCCGAUGAUGUGAAGUGUUCCCAUGGAGCUGCAAUUAGUGAUCUAGAAGAGAACCAACUGUUCUACUUUCAGGCACGGGGGGUUGACUUAGAAACAGCUAGAAAAGCUCUCAUCUUCUCGUUUGGCGCUGAGGUGAUUGAGCGUUUGCCUUCCACUUCUCUCCAAAAGAAAGUAGAAAGUCAUAUCAAAGAAUUGCUGAUUCCCAUAGUCAAGGGUUCUCGGUGAGAGGUGAUGAACGCUAUACAACUCUGAAUUUUUUGUUUUGUAAAUUAUCAUUGGUUUACCAAAGAAUCUAUGCAAAAUCAAGUUGAGAUAUUGAGGGAAGUUUUGUGAUAUUGAAACCAAGUUGUGUUUCUUGCUCUCCCCACCUCAGCCCCUCUCCUGCUGCAAGAAGAACCAAAAAUGUUGUGAAAAAAUGCUUCUAUUUUUAAAAAGGGUUCUCAUUCUCGCCCAGAUUGUCAAUUGUAAAUUCUUAAAAAGUUCAUUUUGAUCAAA